UUUGUGUGCGCACACGACCAAUGGAACAGGACAUGUUUCAUAGGAUAGGAAUCGCAAAUUAAAGAACGAAGUUGAUAACAAACAUUUAGCGGAACUUUGCCUCGUGCCAGACACCAGUAAUAGCAUGAAAGGACCUUGUGAAUAUCGAACAUUAUCGUAACGACUGCGAUUAGAGAAACAGCAGAGAAGGUGAAGUGAGGCAGGAGAAAGCAAUAGGAAACGAGUGAAAUAAUGGCAAAGAAUUUAUUUAAUUCACGACGCUUUGCUAUAUCGCACAAGCCCAAGCGCUUCUCGGGAAUUAAGAGCACGCAACUGUUGAACCCUCGCAGAUUUAACCUCCAGUGGACCUAAUAAUAAAAAGAGAUUCCCGGAGGGUUUCCCCUAAAUACAAAAUCGUCUCUCGCACCUUGACAAAACUAUCACAUGUAAAACAUGUCCAUUCAUUAUAUGCAUUGUGUGUUCUUUUACGUUUACGUUUUCCCACAGAACACAACCGCUUCCAACGUACAAUCCUUACGGCGUCAUGUUGUUCGCUCAAACGGAACUUUUAAGAAAACGAGGGGAACUCGAUCCUAUGUGGUGAUUCUUGUCCCUAACGCAACGAGAGAUCCCUCCGUUCCGGCUGAUCUGCUGCUGUCCUUGGUGAUGUACAAUGCAAUCCAAUUAGGUUUCACCUCUAGGCUGUGAUGCAGCCUGCGAAGCUUGAAGCUCCCAUUCAGUCGAUGCUGCGUGUGUCGCUCUGCAGUUCGGUCCAUAGUGUGCUUUCCCUCUUCGGUUUGCUAUUUUUGCGCGCUCGAUACAUCCGCAGACAUCCCAUUUGACCAUAUCAACAACCGAUGGAGAGAAAACUCUACCCGAGCGGCUUUUCCUACCGCAAGAACGGUGGACAUGUGUAGCCGUGUGUUCCAAGAAGACAGCCAGUAUAUCUAAGGGAUUAAAAAAAUAUAUUAGUAUUAUUUUACAUUAAAAAAUGUGGGAUAUGAACCUCGACUCUACAUCUUCUCCCGAGAAGUCGGAAUCUUAGCUGCCUCGCAAAGUUAUCCGCCAUGGAGGGACUUGUCUAAAGACCUCAUUAUUAUUUCUCAUAUCUUUUAUAUAUUAACUUUCCCGAUUUCUUUUUACGUGGCUAGCGUCACGUUUUAAUCCCUCCCCCCCCGCCCCACCCGUUCCCUGUUCGCCAUGGCUGAGAAGGUCGGGUCGGGGGCGGCGAAGAGCUGCUCUCGUCCUGGGGGCUCCCUCCCGCCGGAGCCCAUCGAGAUCAUCCGGGUCAAGGCUCGGUCCCGCCGGGUCCGGAUCAACGUGGGGGGCAUCGUCCACGAGGUCCUGUGGAGGACCCUGGACCGGCUCCCGCGGACCCGCCUGGGCAAGCUGCGGGACUGCAACACCCACGACACCUUAAUGGAGAUCUGCGACGACUACUGCCUGAACGAGAACGAGUACUUCUUCGACCGGCACCCGGGGGCGUUCACCUCCAUCCUCAACUUCUACCGGACGGGCAAGCUGCACAUGAUGGAGGAGAUGUGCGCCCUCUCCUUCGGCCAGGAGCUGGACUACUGGGGCAUCGACGAGAUCUACCUGGAGUCGUGCUGCCAGGCCCGGUACCACCAGAAGAAGGAGCAGAUGAACGAGGAGCUGAGGAGGGAGGCCGAGUCGCUCAGGGAGAAGGACUGCGACAAGUUCGACACCACCUGCUGCCCCGACAAGAGGCGGAAACUGUGGGACCUCCUGGAGAAGCCCAGCUCCUCCAUCGCUGCCAAGAUCUUGGCCAUCCUCUCCAUCCUGUUCAUCGUCCUCUCCACCAUCGCGCUGUCCCUCAACACGCUGCCCGAGCUGCAGGUGAUCGACGAGUUCGGGCAGGCCAACGACAACCCGCAGCUGGCGCACGUGGAGGCGGUGUGCAUCGCCUGGUUCACCAUGGAGUACCUGCUGCGCUUCCUCUCCUCGCCCAGCAAGUGGAAGUUCUUCAAGGGCCCGCUCAACGUCAUCGACCUGCUGGCCAUCCUGCCCUACUACGUCACCAUCUUCCUGACCGAGUCCAACAAGAACGUCAUGCAGUUCCAGAACGUGCGGCGGGUGGUGCAGAUCUUCCGCAUCAUGAGAAUACUCCGGAUCCUCAAGCUGGCCCGCCACUCCACGGGCCUGCAGUCCCUGGGCUUCACCCUGCGGCGGAGCUACAACGAGCUGGGCCUGCUCAUCCUCUUCCUGGCCAUGGGCAUCAUGAUCUUCUCCAGCCUGGUCUUCUUCGCCGAGAAGGACGAGGACGCCACCAAGUUCACCAGCAUCCCCGCCUCCUUCUGGUGGGCCACCAUCACCAUGACCACGGUGGGCUACGGCGACAUCUACCCGCAGACGCUGCUGGGGAAGAUCGUGGGCGGGCUGUGCUGCAUCGCGGGCGUGCUGGUCAUCGCCCUGCCCAUCCCCAUCAUCGUCAACAACUUCUCCGAGUUCUACAAGGAGCAAAAGAGGCAGGAGAAGGCCAUCAAGAGGAGGGAGGCCCUGGAGCGGGCCAAGAGGAACGGCAGCAUCGUCUCCAUGAACAUGAAGGACGCGUUCGCGCGCAGCAUGGAGCUGAUGGACGUGGUGGUGGAGAAAGAGGAGAAGCACUGCUUCUACCAGGACAACCACCUCUCCCCCAGCCGGUGGAGCCCGGCCAAGCACGCGGCUGGUGACAGCAGCCCCUCCAAGGCCCUCGACGUGAAGUACCAGGAGGUGGUUCAGCUGGGGUCUCCGGCUCGCACCAACAGCCCCAGGCCGAGCCCGCAGAGGCUGAACGCCCAGAAGCUGGAGGAGAUCUACAACCAGAUGACCAAGUCUUCCCCCGUCUGUGCCCCACGGGCGGGCGCCUCGCCGCGCCGCGACCCCCCGCCUAAGCGCGAAGAGGAGCUGGAGAUGAAGCUGGUCCCGCCCACCUACGACACCCUGACCCCCGAGCCCCCGCCGUCCGACCCCCUGCACAGGGAGCGGGCCCUCACCGAGGUGAGGAGCAUAUCCAGCGUGGACAGCUUCACCAGCUGCGCUGCCGAUUUCGCAGAGUCCGAGAGGGGACCUCUCCUCCCCGACGCUGGCGGCCUGGGGCCGCCCCGGCAGCUCAGGGUCCCGCCCCCGCCCCUGGACCUCAGCCGGAUCACGGCGGCCAGAGACGGGAAGGGGGGCCAGGGCGGCCUCAUCAGGGAUGGAUUGUACGAGUUUGUCCACUGCGGCUCAGAUGGCGGUGGGGGUGGGGCCGGGGCCGGGGCUGGGGGCGGGGACAGCGGCAGUAGCAUUCUCUCCCCCGGGGAAAACGGGCAGGGCUUCGACCGCCGCAGCUCCCUGCGGAGCAGCAACCCCGUCAGGACCAGGGGCCUCAAGGUGAACUUCAUCGAGACCCCGGGCGAGUCCCCGCAGCACGUCAGCAUCGUCCUGACGGAGGACAGACCUGCCUCCGGGGACCAGUCCCCGGCUGGGGCCGACCCCGACCCGCCGGGAGGGCCCGAGCUUUCGGACGAUCCCCAGGGCCCUGCGCCCCCCUCCUCCUCUUCGGCGAUCCUCAAAGGAAAGAAUCACCUAGAGGACCCGGGCGUGGUCGCCCCGGGCUCCCCUAUGGCCACCGCGCAGAACUGCAUGCUGGGCGCGCUCAGUGCUGUCGGGGAAGGGACGUCCUCCGAGAGCAACCAGAGCGGCCACUUAGCGGACAACCACAUGUUUUCGCCCGACGCUCACGCGAAGCCGGGGGACGGCGGUUUGUCUCCGCCGUGUGAAACCAGCAUGUGAGCGUCGUCGCUCGCUCGCACGCGACGACAGACACGGGCGUAGCCACGGGAACCCACUUUUCGCACGGCAGCAUGACAAGGCCCUUUCAACCGUACAGCAGCCGGUCGCCAGGACCAAUGGCACUGCUGUCUGCAGACAUUCAGCAAUUUUAACAAAGCGGGUGAAAACUCAGAGCUUCUGGGCUGAGCAACCACAUGACUGACUAAAGAGAUAAUCCGACUGUAAAUAUUGAACUUGUAUUAUUUUAUUGUUUUUUUUAUUUUUUAGAAAUGCACAGAAAGCAAAAGAAAGCGCAUCUUUAAAUGGCAUGUAUUUAAAUAAAAGCAUAAUGGUGGCUUACUUCCACUGUAAACAUGGGGGGAUAAAUCCCCCUGCAAUGAAGGUGCAAGUUCCUGUAUCGCUGUUGCUAACUCAAGGUACGAGCGCUGUGACAUUUAAACAUGAGACUUCGGAAAACCUGCUGCAGAUUAUGUCUUUUCAGAAUCCACUCAUUAUUAUUGUGGGUUUUGAAUGACAAACUUCAACGUAUUAUCCUUGAUUUGCAUUACAUUUGUUUUUUAACUGGGAAUGUUUUUAAUUUAUGAAAGGACAUAGACCGUAGGCUUAAUGAGCCGGCCAUUGCUAAUUCCUAAAAUAAUAACUGUAAGUGGCAAAUAUAAAUAUAGUGGUUUUCCAUAGCUGUAUUACUUCAUGGUUACAAAAGUUAUUACAAAAAGAAGAAGGGCUUGUUUUUGCAGUUUGCCAUAUUUUUCAUUCAAGUCUGAAUAUGGAUUUGAAAAUGUCAGCAUAUCCAUGGAGACUGCUCCUGCUUUUAUAGGAGGGGAGGGGCUUAUCAUCAGGUGACUGCCAGUCACAGACACGGGAGAUGCAUCAAAAUACAUUUGAACAUAUUAUUAGAAGUUAUUUCUGGUCUGGUAAUUAAAUCUUAAACUUUCUCUUUAUAGAUCCCCCCAGAGUUAAAUUUUACACUCUAUUAAUGGGAAUACGCAUGAUAUGGUCGACCCUGUAAAAUGGUUCCAGGCUCUUCAGCUAUAGAGCACAGUUGUUUAAUCACUGUAAGACCUCUGUCUGUACUUAAGCACAAAACUGUCAGCUUUUUUUUUUCCUCGUGGAUUUCUGGGUUCACUAUGCGGUCAUAUCCGGAUCUGAUACAGAUAAUAUUAACUGUCUGUCUUUUAACAUCCAUGUUGUCUGAUCAUUUCUGGUUAUUUAUUUAUUUAUUUAUUUAUUCAUGUAUUUAUGUAUUUAUUUAUUUUGCAUUGCUGUAAACUAGUGAGGUCACACUAUGGACUAAAACCUAUUUUAGUCCAACUUAAUCCCAGAGUUUCUCUAGUUUCUGCUUUUCAUUGCAGAAUGAAAAUGUUGCCUUUUGCUGAGGGACUGCUGGGAAAUUGCUCCUGUUUCAGUAAAUCGCAGACUGUUUAAAAACGCAUUUCCAUAUCCACGGGAAAAAAAUGCACAAUUAGAAGAGGAGUAGCCCUUCGCGGCUUCCACGUCAGUUCGUUCUGAAAUGGGAUGUGCAAUAUAACGCACAUUACGCUGGUUACGAGUCACGGCACUUUAAUCGGAGAGGCGGUACUUUCGUUUUCAGUAUACGGUAUUUCUUGAAUGGAUCGGCCCUCUGGUGUCGAAUGGGUAAAGAGUAACAGAAAGAGCCGGCUACUUUUAUUUAUACUUUCACAUGUUGUAUGGCUGCCAUAUAUCAGUCGACCUCUUCUCAGGUUUGCUAAUACAAAAAUCUAAGUAUUCUAUUAGAACUAUGUGGGGAUUUUGUAGUCCUCAAAAUAUCAGACAUUACUUCUACUGUACAGUAUACAUAUAUCUUAGAUUGUAUAUGUAUUAUAAAUAAUUUGCCACAUAUGCUAUAAUACUAUUAACAAGAGUUUUUUUUGUGGAUGCACAACGAUCGAAAAUGCUUCUAUUUUUUUGUAAACUAGAAUUAAGCAGGACCACAGAUUCCACCAAAAAUGGUGGUUGAAAUUAUGCGUGCCUUUUCAUAAAGAGUUAUUUAUGAGAAGGAGAAAAGUCAUUUGACUUUGGUCAUAUAGCACUGUAAAGCAAAACAAACAAAAAAAAAGACAAAAAAAAACACUUUUCUAUAGAAUAAAAUCAGGUCUGAAAGUAAUAGGGGCAGGUGAUGCUGGUGAGUUCUCAGGUUUUGUAUUACUCGUGUGAAAAUGGACUGGUUUUCUUCCUCAGUUUCAGCAAUGCCAACUGUGUUCUUUUUUUAAAUAUUAUUUUACCUAAAGUACAUGCUGCUGUCAGGGAAAAGUCAGGGGAAUAUGGUGCAUUUUCAACAUAUCUUACCCUCCCCCCCAGCAUUGAACCCAUCCAAACCCACCCAUCAAGGGGUAUGUUAGGGAGGGAGGGGGUACUCGGGCUUCUCCCGCUGCUCCAGACAGAGGCUGACCUGGGAAAGUACAGUCAGUGAUCGAGUGCACAGCCAGAUGUGGUUCUCUGGAGUCAAUGCAAAAGCUGGCGGCAGAGCACACUCACCCAAGCAUGAGACAAGAGGCUCUGUGAUUUGGGCAGAACCUAUGGAGACUGAUAAACACUGACCUUAGUAACACCCUGCAACUUGCAUGCUCAUAGUGAUGUAGUAGCAAUCAGCUUACACUAUUUGUAAGAUAAAAACAAAAUAAAUGGUUGAGGUCAGUAGCAGCCAGGAAAUCAUUCCACCUGAAGUGAUCUGAAUAUCAGUUUCCGAUGGAUCAGUAGAGCUAUAUUUUACACUGAUUUACUAUCUUUGACUUAAAUAAUCUGUGCAUAAAUAUAUAUAUUUAUUUUUCCUUUUUUUGGAUCCAUGACCUAAAUAAUAUGUGGAUAUAUUUUUCUGGCUCUUUUAAUUUUGUGACUGACAUUAGCAGCACAAUGUUGAUUUUAUUCACUGUCUGCAUGUCUAUAUGUAAUCAUGUGAAGCGUCCAUUGGGAAAAGAGAAGAUUGACUUUAACCCUUUUCCCGAGGAUGGCUCAUGUGAAAUCAACGUGGGCAAUGAACUCUGGCAGCCAAUGGCGAGUGGAUCUGCACAAAAACUUGAUGGGUCUCAUGAGAUCGACUGAGGUCAUUUGUGAGAACUUCCAAGACAUCGUCUUUCCUUCCAAGGAAUUAUUUUCCCUCUCAACUUUGACUUUAGUUUUUCCAUGUUUAAGUUGUUCACACAUAUUCCCAUCACCCUGAAUUCUUGCUACAGUGUUUGUUUCUAUGUCCUCAUUUAACCGGCCAAUUUGUUUGUUUCCUUUUUUUUUUUUUUGGUGGGGUCCUUUUGGUAUUAAAGGAUUCCAUCUUGUGACUCAGUAUCCAUAGAUACUUCUGAGCUGCAGACUGUUUCCAUGUGAAUCAGCACCUUUGUAUGCACGUAGUAGUCUGUGUGAUCAUGUGACCACAAAGAACACUUUGUUAUUGUACUGUAUUAUGUCUUUCAUUUCUGUAAAAGAGCGACGGCAUUGUUCUCCCCAUAAGGUAUGUUAGCAUAUGCAGGAUAAGAAAUAAAUUGUAUAUGACUGACCGA